UAACCUAACAUAGCAUUGUUCAUUGAUUAGUUGAGUUAGUCCUUAUUUUUUUCCAUUGUAAUUCUAUUCUAAAGUUGAUUGCAAUGGAUCUCACCAAAAUGAAAAACGAUAAGAAACUGUAUCUCUGCAGAUGGUAUUUUCGUGCUGGAUUCGCCUUUUUGCCCUUUGUAUGGUUGGUGAAUGCUGUUUGGUUCUUCCAAGAGGCAUUUAGAAAACCACCGUUUGAAGAACAAAAGCAAAUCCAAAGGUAUGUAGUGUUGUCUGGGAUUGGUGCUUCCAUCUGGGCAGCUGUCAUUGCAGUUUGGAUCUACAUAUUCCAGACACAUCGGACAGAAUGGGGAGAGACUGCGGAUUAUAUUUCCUUUGUCAUUCCAACUGGUAUAAAAUAAUCUGACAGUUCCUUUGAAUUUUGUUACUCAUUGUAUAAAUGCUGUAUAUCAGUUAAUGUAGGUUAAGGCAUAAGAAAUUGUUACUGUAGCAAAUAUUUAUUUUUACUUUGCUUAGUAUUGUUGUUUAAAAUUAAAGCUAACUCAAUCAUGAAAUACAUAAUCUACAAAACAAUAAGUUGUGUAAUAGUAAAAGUUAUGCAGUUAUUUGGUUCACCUCUGUUUUCUUAUUAUAUGCUAUUCAAUUUUUUUAUACUUCAUGCACUGUAUAGUUGGUACAGUUAUAUAAUUGGGAUAAACCUCUUUGUAAUAAAUCAUAUUUUUUUAUAA